CAGGGUGCGGCAGAAAAGACAGCGUAGUAACCCAUAGUACAGUGUAUAUCGGCUCGAUGAUUACACAUGUAAGAUGGGAUUCAUACAAUAUGUAACCCAGAUGUUCCUCCUGGUGAUAAUCUUCAGUCUUCUCGGCCACUCUUCUGGUGAACUGGAAAUACUCAAAAAUGAUUCCCCUAUAAAGGCACUGGUGGGUGAUAACAUGACCGUCCCUUGUCACUUCGCUGGCUACAAGGCUCCAUCUUUGACUACUUCUACUGUUGCGGUUCGCUGGGAGAUAGGAACAGAAAAUACACUUUUCCUUUUGUUUGAUGGUGAAAAUUCUACCCAAAACAGAUCUGGGUCCUAUAUAUCAGAAAGAAACCUUGUACGUGGAGAUGCCAGUCUGUAUAUACCCAACCUUCAGUUCAGUGAUGAAGGAGAAUACACCUGUAAUGUAUUCGUCACUCCUGAGAAAGCCAUUAGUAAAGUCACUGUGCAGGUGUCAGCUAUGCCAUCUUGUAGGCUGAGUGACUCCACACUAGUAAUGUAUCCUGACACGGAGAGAUCUGUCACAUGUUAUGUGAACGGCUUCUAUCCAGAAAGUGUGAAAAUACAAUGGCUGAAGUACAGUAAAGCUUCCUCCAACCAAUCUGAACUGAAUAGCCAGACCUGCACCAGUGUGCCCGUCCAGAACCACGAUGGGACCUACAAUGUGACCAGUGUCCUGUCUACGAGACCUGUGAGCACAGAUGAGGACGGAGACGUGUAUUCCUGUGUAGUCUCCCACAGGUCGCUGACAGAUGGUCUGACAUCUAAUGUUACUCUCUCAGUGAAAUCUAUUGAAAGUAAGUAUCUAAGUCAUUAGGAAUGUUCUUGUAAUGCACAUUACACCAACCUUUAUGGCCACUGAACAUUAACCUCCUAAAGCCUCA